GUAUGUGUCUGUGAGUGUGUGUGCAUGUGUGUGAGUACUGGUGCCCCAGUACCUGGCCAAGCCCACCCCUUCUGCCUGGGUCCUAUAUCCCCACCAUGUGUACCCCUCUCAUCUGCUCUGGAGCCUGUACAACCACGCCACGCUGCCCCCAAGAGCUCUAGAAAGCUGGUCACUAACUUUGCAGACGGAUGAGCUCUGAGCAGCCUGAGGAGACUGGGGCUGUCAACGCGCCCCUGUCCUGCCAGCUUGGAUGCCCUUACAGGGUCCUCCUAGGCUCCCAACUGGAACACUGACCAUGGAACCCUGAAGUGGUUCUGACUUCUUCAGCUCAGUGGCAGACCCCGCCUCCCCAGGCCCUUCCAGCCUCUCCCACAACCAGCUUUCAGGCUCCCAGAGGGAGGGCUGGGAAGGGGAUCCUGAUCUCACAAGGCAGGGGGCGUCCAUCAUGAUGCUCAACUCAGACACCAUGGAGCUGGACCUGCCUCCCACCCACUCUGAGACGGAGUCAGGCUUCAGCGACUAUGGGGGCGGGGCGGGCCCUGACGGGGCUGGUUCCAGGGGGCCAGGCGGGGGCCAGACCCGGGGCCUGGAGCCGGGAGAGCCCGGCAGGAAAGACCUGCAGCACUUGAGCCGGGAGGAAAGGCGGCGCAGGCGCCGGGCCACGGCCAAGUACCGCACAGCCCACGCCACGCGGGAGAGAAUCCGCGUAGAGGCCUUCAACCUGGCCUUCGCUGAGCUGCGUAAGCUGCUGCCCACGCUGCCCCCGGACAAGAAGCUCUCCAAGAUUGAGAUCCUGCGUCUGGCCAUCUGCUACAUUUCCUACCUGAACCACGUGCUGGAUGUCUGA